AGCAAAGGACUGAAAGAAACAAGGGGGGAGAAGACGUGAACAUUUCUGAAAGAUCACUCAGCUUUAACACACCUUGGCUGGGUCUGGAUAAAAAAAGUGGGAACUGCAAACGUCUAGAAGAAAACAUCAGGGGAAGAGAGAGGGGGGAUUUAUUCAAAGUUGUUUCCCAUUCCUUCAGAAUCUCAAACGAGGUGGCUAUGGUAUGGAUGUGACCAAGAAAAGCAAGCGAGAUGGCACCGAAGUCACCGAAAGAAUUAUCACCGAAACAGUAACUACGAGACUCACAUCCUUACCGCCAAAAGGGGGGACCACCAAUGGCUAUGCUAAAACGGGCUCCCUCAGUGGAGGGAGCCGGCUGGAGAAACAGAGCCUGACCCAUGGCAGCAGCGGCUACAUAAACUCAAGUGGAAGCACCCGAGGCAAUGCCUCCACCUCCAGUUACAGGAGGGCUCAUUCGCCUGCCUCCACUCUGCCCAACUCACCAGGCUCAACCUUUGAAAGGAAAACUCACAUCACCCGCCAUGGAACAUACGAAGGGAGCUCCAGUGGCAACUCUUCUCCGGAGUACCCUCGGAAGGAAUUUGCAUCUUCUACAACCAGAGGACGUAGCCAAACACGAGAGAGUGAAAUCCGAGUGCGACUGCAGAGUGCAUCCCCAUCUACCCGAUGGACGGAAUUGGAUGAAGUUAAACGUCUGGUCAAGGGAAGCCGAUCAGCAAGCGCGAGCCCCACCCGGAAUUCCUCCAACACGCUCCCCAUCCCUAAGAAAGGCACUGUGGAGACCAAAACCGUGAGCUCCCAGUCAGUGUCCGGCACCUAUGAUGCAACCAUCCUGGAUGCCAACCUUCCCUCCCACAUGUGGUCCUCCACCUUGCCGGCAGGGUCCUCCAUGGGGACCUAUCACAACAACAUGACAACCCACUCCUCCUCCCUCCUCAACACCAAUGCCUAUUCCUCAGGAUCAGUCUUUGGAGUUCCAAACAACAUGGCCUCCUGCUCCCCUACUCUGCACCCCGGAAUCAGCACCUGCUCCUCAGUGUUUGGCAUGCAGAACAAUCUGGCCCCCAGCUCAUCCGCCCUGUCCCACGGCAUGGCCACCACCUCCACAGCGUACGGGAUGAAGAAAAACGUACCCCAGAGCCCUGCUGUUGUGAGCACUGGCGUGUCCACCUCUGCCGCCUGUACCACGAGUGUCCAGAAUGAUGAGCUCUUACACAAGGACUGUAAGUUCCUGAUCCUGGAGAAAGAUAACGUGCCUGCCAAGAAGGAGAUGGAGCUGCUGAUCAUGAACAAGGACAGCGGGAAGGUCUUUACUGCCUCCCCCGCCAGCAUCGCUGCAACUUCUUUUUCAGAGGACACACUAAAAAAGGAAAAGCAAGCUGCCUACACCACUGACACUAAGCUGAUCUUGGAUACUAAUGGAGACGUGAAGACCGUGUCCACAAAGGGCAAAGCGGCCUCCACAGAUAUCCACGGCUACGGCUACGAUCACCAUAACGGUGUCGGUGGCGGUAAAGGCGGCGGCGGUAAAGGUGGUGCUGGCGGCGGUGUUGGCGCGGGCCCGUGGGGAGCAGCGCCCGCCUGGUGCCCCUGCGGCUCCUGCUGCAGCUGGUGGAAGUGGCUGCUGGGCCUGCUGCUCACCUGGCUGCUGCUCCUGGGGCUGCUCUUCGGCCUCAUUGCUCUGGCGGAGGAGGUGCGGAAGCUGAAAGCGCGUGUGGACGAGCUGGAGCGGAUGCGGAGCGGUGUGCUGCUGCAGGAGCAGAUAGAGAAAAGCAACAAGGAACGGCUGCAGGGGCUGGCGCCCGAUGUGGGCACAGGCAUGGGCAAGUCUGGGCUGGAUGCUUCCAGUCAGGAGGCGCUCUGGCUGUUCAUGAGAAACAAGCUGAUGAUGGAGCAAGAAAACGGCAAUCUCCGAGGAAACCCUGGCCCUAAAGGUGACAUGGGAAGUCCAGGCCUCAAAGGAGAUCGGGGGCUCCCUGGGACUCCAGGUAUCCCUGGGCUCUUGGGACAACCAGGUCCAGAAGGACCAAAGGGACAAAAGGGCAGCAUCGGAGACCCUGGCAUGGAGGGACCUGUGGGCCAGAGAGGGCGUGAAGGCCCCAUGGGUCCUCCUGGUGAACCGGGACCACCUGGGUUUGGAGAGAAAGGGGACAGAGGGUCUGGUGAACCGGGUGUUCCUGGCCCACCUGGCGUCCCGGGUUCUGUGGGUCCCAAAGGUGCCAAUGGUUCUCCAGGCCCACAGGGUCCCCCAGGCCCUAUAGGUCUCCAAGGGCCCCGAGGUGAAGUGGGACUCCCCGGCGUCAAAGGUGACAGAGGUUCUAUGGGACCACCAGGACCUAAAGGUGACCAGGGUGAGAAAGGACCCCGAGGCCUCACAGGCGAGCCAGGCUCCAGAGGUCUGCCUGGUGCUGCUGGGGAGCCUGGAGCUAAAGGAGCAAUAGGACCUGCUGGCCCCGAUGGACACCAAGGCCCAAGAGGUGAACAAGGUCUCACAGGGAUGCCUGGGUUGCGAGGCCCACCAGGACCUUCUGGAGACCCAGGAAAGCCAGGUCUCACAGGACCCCAGGGACCUCAGGGACUUCCUGGAACCGCUGGCCGACCAGGCGCUAGAGGUGAACCGGGAGCUCCGGGCAGUAUCGUGACGGCAGAGGGGUCAUCGACUCUCACUGUCCCAGGCCCACCAGGCCCUCCUGGAGCCAUGGGACCCCCAGGACCACCAGGUGCUCCAGGCCCUGCUGGCCCAGCUGGUCUCCCAGGACAGCAAGGCCCUCGAGGGGAGCAAGGACUUGCUGGUGAAUCGUUCAUUAGCAGCAGCAGCUCCAUCUCUGAAGUCCUCUCUGCCCAGGGUCUUGAUUUACGAGGUCCCCCAGGCCCACCUGGACCACCUGGGCCUCCAGGCAUCCCAGGGUUCUCAACCUCAGGUUCCAGUUCUCUGGGAUUCAACCUGCAGGGACCACCAGGCCCACCAGGACCCAAAGGUGACAAAGGUGAUCCUGGAAUUCCUGGUGGUUCCUCUCAAGGGGGAUCAUCAUCUGGCACCAUGUUCACGCAGGGCCCCCCAGGCCCCCCUGGACCGCCUGGGCCUCCGGGCUCCAUCAGCAGCUCUGGCCUAGAGAUUCAGCAGUACAUCUCUGAGUACAUGCAGAGUGACAGUGUUAGGUCUUACCUGUCUGGAGUUCAGGGUCCCCCCGGCCCACCUGGUCCCCCCGGGCCUGUCACCACCAUCACUGGUGAGACGUUCAACUACUCAGAGCUGGCGAGCCUCGUCGUGAGCUACUUACAGACUUCCGGGUACAGCAUCAGCUCAUUGUCGGCUGCCUCCAUCACUUCUGAAGACAUCCUGGCUGCACUGCAGCGGGAUGACGUGCGUCAGUAUCUACGUCAGUACCUGAUGGGCCCUCGGGGCCUUCCAGGGCCACCAGGAGCCAGUGGAGAUUGGUCUCUCCAGUCUUUGGACUAUGCAGAGCUGAGCAGCCGCAUUCUCAGCUACAUAUCGAGUUCUGGAAUUAGCAUUGGACUUCCUGGCCCCCCGGGGCCCCCUGGCUUGCCGGGAACAUCCUAUGAGGAGCUCCUCUCCUUGUUGCAAGGAUCUGAAUUCAGAGGCAUUGUUGGGCCACCAGGUCCCCCUGGGCCACCAGGGAUCCCAGGCAACGCGUGGUCCAGCAUCAGCAUGGAGGACCUCUCAUCUUACUUGCACACUGCUGGUUUGUCCUCCAUCCCAGGCCCGCCAGGCCCUCCGGGUCCCCCAGGCCCUCGAGGGCCUCCGGGUGUCUCAGGAGCACUGGCAACCUACGCAACUGAAAACAGCGACAGCUUCCGGAGUGAACUGAUUAGCUACCUGACAAGUCCUGAUGUGCGCAGCUUCAUCGUGGGUCCCCCAGGCCCUCCUGGGCCCCAGGGACCACCUGGAGACGGCCGCUUGGGGUCCAUGGAGAGCUCCUACAGUCAGGGCGGCAUCUCAUCGGCCAGCAGGAGCACCUCCUACAGCUCUUCCAUGGGCGUAGGAGGAACCAGUGGAGGCUCUCUGGGUGAAGGGGGAGCCUUUGGCUCGGAAGGGGGCGUGUAUGGCAGUGACAGCGGACUGUUCGGGGCUGGCUUUGCUGGAGGUCUGGAUUACAACGAGCUGGCUGUCCGGGUGUCCGAGAGCUUGCAGCGUCAGGGCCUGCUGCGAGGGCUGGCCCACACUGUUCAAGGCCCACCUGGCCGGCCUGGGCCCCAGGGCCCCCCGGGCAUCAGCAAGGUCUUCUCUGCCUACAGCAAUGUGACUGAGGACCUCAUGGACUUCUUCCGAACUCAUGGAGCCAUUCCAGGACCCCCUGGGCAAAAGGGAGAGGUGGGCAUCUCAGGACCCAGAGGUGAGAGGGGCCCUGCUGGGCCACCUGGCCGGCCUGGGCCACCUGGCCCUCGAGGGCCCAAGGGAGAAAAAGGAGACAAAGGUGACCAAGUCUAUGUUGGGCGGAGAAGGAGAAGCAUCGCCACCAAGCCAUGAACUACCUUUGGUGGAACAGCCCCCAGACCAGUUCUUGCAAUGGCUUAUGGUGCUUAGAUCAAAAUCUCUCCAAAGGAUGAAAGCUGGAGUCUCAAUGCCUACUGAUACAGCACAGCCAAACAGUCAACUACACACUUUUUUUAGUCUGAAACAAUAUAUACAUAUAUAAAUAAUUCAAAGACACACCAUCUGCAACAGCUUCGUUGGGUAGACUUGAGUAGCUGCAGUGCUGUGGCAGCAGACACACUUCUCUGCUAUCUAGAUGUGAGCUCCUUGGCCUCAUUAACACUAGUUCGAGCCCUAACCUAGGAAGCCAGUUUCAUACAAGUUGGCUCAGGAGUCCUUGAGCUCUGCCUGUAAAUGAGCCCAGAAAAUGGAAGAUGGGGAUGGUAGGGGGCACCUUCCUGUGGGCCACACUUAAUGGGGGUGCAUUCUAAUUAAUGCUAUAAAGCUGUGCUGUCAGAUCCUUCCUCCCCUGUUCACUCCGCAUUCUCUAGUCACAGAAAACAGUUGGCUAAGGAGCCACUCUUGCAACUGAAAAAGUUAAGAAAUUCACUUCUCCUGAAGGUGGCUAUGGGGUUUCUAAUAGUUAUUUCUCGCUACAUAUAGUCCCACUUGCUUAGGAAGUUUGAUGGUAGCUAUAAUCUAUGUCCAUAGGUCCGUGCUAGAGUUUAUAGAUUCGUUGUACUGAACUGGGCUGCAGCAAAUAGAAAAAGAAGGGCAAGGGGCAAGAAGAGAAAGAGGGAGGGAAAAUAGACUAUCUACUGCUAGGGCAGGAUGUCACCUGUUCUGCACUUAGCAAAUGGCAUUGGGUACUGGGUGCAGUUGGUUUUAAGCACUUUUCAAUGUCUAAAAAUGUUAAUGUGGUCUAUUAGAUGAAAAGUCAUUUCAAAAGUAAAAUUUCCAAUUAAAGGAUUUUUUUCCUUUUUUAAUAGUGUAAUGUGAUCCAUCUAACCAAAGUUAAGAAAAAAAAAUAUUUUGGGUUUGGGUUUGACUCUGUUACAAACGCAAUAUUCUGGGACACAGUUUCUGGUAUUUAAUCAUUGAGAUAAUUAAAGGCAGACCUUCAUCUGGAAUUAAUAACUCAAUUUGGGCAAUUAGAAAGCAUUUGAAGAGUUUCUCUAUGCAUAAAUUACUUGAAAUAAACACAUGCAACAGAUGAGCAACAAGAUUACUUUCAGCUAAUGUAGUGAUUUAUCCUGGGGCAAAGGAAUUAUAAUGGCAGAGCAAGUAAUAUGGAAUAUCAAAACACCUAUUAAGGAAAAAUAAACAUCAAAUGCCCCACAGAAAUGCACAAUAAACUCAGACAUGCAAAUUCAGAAGAGGCUACCAUUGGCCCACUUUUGAAUUUGUUGCAAACUGUGAUGCUCAAUUACUGGAUAAUUUAAAGUGGGGUUAAAUGAAAUCUACUUCUACACCUCUAUUCUUCUAAAAGACUGAACCAUUUAUUUUUUAUGUGGCCUCUACUGAGUAUCUCCCAUAUUAUCCUGGGGGAAAACAUGACACUUAAUUCCACUAUAUCAAACAACUGCUAGCAGCAACCACUAGUCAAGCACCAAACAUUCUAUAUGGUCUUGUUUGCCUCCUUUUUCAUAACCUGAUAGUUACUAGAUGUGAAUCAAUAUAGGAAUUCUAAAAAAAUGAGUUCAUAAGGCCUUCAGAAUUUCCAACUUUUUACUUCCUAAUGAAAACUUAUUGUGUAUAAUAAAUGACUACAUUGUACCUUUUUAA